AUGCGUGCCUGCGAAGCAGAGGUGAGCGCGACCGCAAAGCACCGUGUCUCCCCUAAUCACUGUAUCCGUGCGCGCCGGUAUCUCCGCGCGUGUUUUGCUCCCACUCAAACGCACAUCCACCUACCGACGGAGCACAGCCGAACGAGAGCGCGGCACGCAGGUGAAGAGAUUCAAACAGUGCGGGGGCACUCCGUGUGUGUGUGUGUGUGUGUUGUGGGGCGUAGGUUCGACGGUGAGCCAUGCGGCGCCACAGGCCGUCGGUGUGUGUGCCGCAUGUCCUUCCAGCCCAUCUGUGUUCUGUGCCUCAGUGACUGCGACAGGGGCGGCGGCGUCACAUCGUGCAACCACUAUUUCUGCUCGCGGUGCACCGCCCGCUUGCCAACCGCUGCCCCCUGCCCGCUGUGUCAGCGGCCGUACCAGCUGAUCAAGCUUGACCACCCCAACGUCCAGCAGCUGCUUCAAGACGGUGCAACAGCGCUCGAGAGGACGGAAAAGGUUAUCGGCUCUCAAAUGCGGCACUACCAACAAGUCAUUCGCCGCAUGCGCCAGGCUCUGGCAGCGCUGCACAGCCAAAAUCAGGAGAUGACACGGAGGCGUCAGCGGGAGCAGGCGGAGUGCGCUGCGGCAGUGUCGCGAGCGCAGGCGCUUCAGGCGGAGGUGUGCCGAUUACGCGAGGGGCUGACACGCGCCUCCUCGAAAAGGGCGGCGUCGCAGCAGCAGCCACCGCCCCUACCGCCAUCGCCGCCGCAACAGCGGGCGCACGUGAUGCCUGAUCCACGAGUUACCCAUGACAGCGACGGGCACCCACACAACGCACCGAAUACCCUCGGGGUUUGCCAUACUCCAUCGGCGCAGAUCAUCCCGCCUCCGUUGUCGGUGCGCCAUGCCCCCUUCGCACCUACCAGUGCGGUCGGUGCCAAAGCGCCAGACACUUUUUCCCGUGGCAGUUGGCAGCGCUCGUCUGGGGCAUCGUCACCUUCGCUGUCCUCCCAUCCGCAGUGGCAGCAUCGACGGCACCACUUACACGGAAAUGGUGGCGAGGCACGCGACGCUGCCGUUGAAUCGGCGCCCCCCCUGGGGUGGUCGGCGAGCUCCCUCAUCGCGAAACGCCACCGCGCUGACUCAGACCCAUCGCUGUCGCAGGGACGUGUGGGCGAUGUUUGCGUUUCGCUGGCUCAGCCGGGCUCCAGCUCAAACGCGGGCCGCAACGUCGCUCUCACACCCCGCACCCAUGCCCUGGCGUCUCUUCAACACCAACUUCCGCACCAGAGCUCCCGCGCCGCUGCGUGGGGGCCAGGGAACGGCGACGGCAGCGACUCCGCAGGGCCGAGAGUGGACUUCCGACUCACAACGCCUCUGGCUGCAGCGCUGCACCAACAGCCGCAGCCGCAGCCGCAACCAUCGCACCCCCUCAACUCUUUCAUGCAAGCCGGCACCUCCUACAUGCUCAGGCCUUCGUUGAAGCCGCACCAGAGGCUGUUCUCCUCACCACGCGACGGCCCCGUGUCCCUCUAG